CACUGAUAUCUUCUACAUCUACAGAAUACAUUCUUCUAUUCAGAACAGAAACUUAGAGGCAUGGUAUUCUUGCAUAAUUUCCAUCCUUAAAGAGUUGGAAAAAAAAUCAAAAAGGAUUUGGACAGCUGUUAAAUCCCCAUGCCCACUGGUGCGGGUGAGAGGCUUGGUAAGAGCCGGAGGGAGGAGGCUGGAGAAGUUAGUGGCCAUUUGCUCAGCAGUAGGCUGCGCGUGUCACAAAAUGCAACUUUCCCUGUCUCUCUGUCUCCUGCCAGGCAGAGCUAUUAAAGCUAUUUUGAAAGUGACCCUUCAGCUUAAGAACGUUCAGAAAGAGAGAGGGGAGAGAGGAGGUAGCAGCUGUUUGGAACCAUGACUGAAGAUGACGGAUUCGAUUGUGGUGGAGGGUCAAGUCAGAUUGAGAGAUGGAAAAAAGUGGAAGAAUAGGUGGGUGCUGCUGCGGAAACCUUCCCCUGUGGCAGAUUGCUUGCUAAUGUUGGUGUAUAAAGACAAGUCAGACAGGACAAAGGGACAUAAAGAGAAGACUAGUGUCACGUUGGAGGACAUCUGUGGCUUGGAUUCUGGGAUCUCGUAUGAGGGCGUGAACCACACUCUGGCCAUCAUCUGCUUCUCACAAGCUGUGAUGUUGGGGUUCGACAAUAAAGAAAUUAUGAAUGCUUGGGAUGUGCGCAUACGUUACAGUUUAGGAGAAGUUCACAGAUUUCAUGUUGGAGUAUUGCCUGGCACCAAGCUAGAAAGUGGACCUGCGACACUGCACCUGUGCAACGACAUCUUAGUUCUUGCUAGAGAUCUACCACCAGUUGUCAUAGGACAGUGGAAGUUGUCAGAUUUGAGACGGUAUGGAGCGGUGGCCAAUGGCUUUGUCUUUGAGGGAGGAACACGGUGCGGAUACUGGGCCGGAGUGUUUUUCCUCUCCUGUACGGAAGGAGAUCAGAUCAGUUUCCUAUUUGACUGUAUCGUUCGUGGCAUCUCUCCAACGAAAGGUCCAUUCGGGCUGCGCCCGGUGCUGCCAGAUCCAAAUUUAAACCCCGCUUAUAUGGAAGAAAGGGUGGCACAUGAGACCCUACAGCUGGAGAAACGACUCAGCCUGCUCUCUCAUCUUAGCCUGGGAGGGGAUGACAAAAGUUUGUCCAGUUCCUCUUCAGACACCAGCCAUUCAGAUGCCAGUGCCGGAAGCCGGUUGACCAUCUGGGCAGAUCCUUCCUCGGCCAGCACUUCUGCCGAAAGUCAUGGUAUGGCAGCAGCAAAGGCCAUUCAUCUUGGAGAAGAUAAAGCAUAUGCUGAAGCCCUUCGUGCAUCCAAGCCACCUCCGAAGCCAGCACCGUCUAGACACCUUCAGGAGAUAGGGCGUCAAAGUUCUUCUGACAGUGGGAUAGCUACGGGCAGUCACUCUUCUUAUUCUGGAAGCUUUUCUUCCUAUGCUGAGAGUCUGGACAUUUGUCAUGGUGAGGAGUUUGGCUCAUUGAUUAGCUUACCAUUGGCUAUGGCCACCGAUCAAAAUCUAUGUACAUGUCAACAUCCGGAUCCGCAGAGAGGGUCUGAAUAUCAGAUUCCUGCCUCUGUGAGACAUCUAUAUGACACACCUCGAAGUGUUUUACAGGCAGCUGCUAGAGAACCUCAACACAAGACUUCAGAUUCCACAUUACCUAAGGACCAUGCACAAGGAACUCAAAGCACCAGUGAUACUAAGCUGCUGCUCCCCCAUGCUGACUCAAAAACGGCAUCAUUACUCCAAGAAAGCAAAGACUCAGGUGAUGAGACAUAUGUAGACUUUGUUCAAAAGUGGACAGCUCCAAAGGGGCAACCACAGGGGAUGGAACCUAAAGGAAGUGACUUGGCAGCUGCAGGAACAAGUGAGACUUGUGAAAUCUGCAGCCCGCAGCCUGGCAUUACCAGAGCCCUUUUUUCCGCUUGCCCAGUAUGUGGGGGGCUAAAGGGAGCUACAGCCCUUCAUCCAGGAGUUUUAUCGACGACACCCCUACAAGGUGCCACCUCAGCACUGGCAUCAACAGGAGCACAUAAACCUCACAAAGUCCCACCAAUGUUACUUGUCACUGCAGGGGCAGGAGGUUAUCCAGCCGAGCCACUGGUUUCUGACCGACCUCGCAGUGAGACAGCAACUUAUGUAAAUAUUCCUAUCAGCCCUACAUCAAAGAAACAGCUCCAUUACAUGGCAUUAGAACUUCAAGAUCCUAGUACAGGAAUAAGAGGAGGAGGCGCCACCAGAUACGCUCAGAUAGACAUUGCCGCAACAGAGACGGCACACAAAGUGGGGUCCCAGCACGCUCAGUCCAGAGAAGAACGUUUACAAGAGCUGGAGCAGAAAAGGAAAGGAAAUCAGCAAUGAUGGAUCUAGGUGUGUGGUAGAAGGGCUGGCGGUCCUUGGCGGAAACUUUUUUUUUCAAAAGGAGACUCAUUAGGUCUACUGGCCUCGAUGAACUACUGGAACUUUUUGAGUCGGAAGGUCGGCCGAGUGUGGCUUUUUGAAAGAAUGGAAUUACGUGUUGCUCGAUGGCACAGGGGUCAUUCCAAAACUGAUAUUCCCUCUUGGAGACAUUAAAGUCUGAAGUGUCUGGUCACAGCAAGUGCCCUUUCAAUCUUGAGGUGGAAUGAAACAAAAUAAAAUCUAUAAGUACUUGUAUAUUCACAUUUUUCUUUCUUGAAAAUGUCAUCUAGUUUUGUAUGUGUAGAAAAUCUAGGUAUUUAUUCGUUCCCACCGCCAUGUAUUAUUAUUAUUUAAUUUUAUUUGCAUUUCAUUUUAUACAUUAUUGGGUAAUUAUAUCUUAUCGGUUGUCUGUAACAUACCUCCUCAGUUUUAUUGUCUUACACAAUUGACUUUUUUUUAAGCAGAACACAAGUGACUUUGGUUUUGCUGUAUUUAAUGAAGGAAAAUUCCAGUCAAACAAAUUGGCUUUUACAUCGGGUUUGGACAUUGUAAAGGCUUUGUACUCCCUGUAUUCACUGUUAUAGUAUGGUUUCUACAUUGUAGCAGCUUGUGGCUGUGGCCUCAUUAAUACAGCUGUAGUACGGUACCCACAGAAUUUUACAUUACCUAUACUUGAAGCUCCUUUGCCCCAAUGCAAAAUCUGUAACACCUACUAUGUGUGUAGUUGCUAAAAGUUUUCAGUUUAAAAAAGGUGGGGUUUAUCAGGGCGUUUUAGGCAAAUACAAUUUUUCCCCAUAUAUUCCCUAUAUAUUGCCCUCACUAAAGGUACAUUAUAGUGAUGACAUUAUGUGGGGUGGGUAUUGCCCACAGCAGUGAUCUCAGAGUUAAUUUGCUGGUGAAAUUUAGUAUAGACCAGCAUUUUACGGUGAUAUAUGAUAUCCCUUGCACUGCCGCAGGUCUCGUCAUAAAUUAGACGCAACCUCUCGCAGUCCGUGCACCUAAACUAAAAUAUCUUGGAGUUCUGUCUUCUUUUACAGUAGAAAACUGGUUUGAGACUAUUCUACGCCCAAAAACUGGAGUGGAGGGAAUGAUGAAUUUCCUCAACAAUGUUUAUAAAAGCUAGAUAGCCCUUUUAUUUGAGACCAGGCGCCAAAAUCUUUCCCAAUUCCAGACCCCAAAAUUCAGACCCGAGACCAGGCACCAUAAUCGAGACCCUAUACCAGACCACAAAAUUUAAACUCCAGACCAAAUUGCAUAAUUCAGACCUCAGACUAGAAGCCAUAAUUCAGACUCCAGACCAGACACCAAAAUCCAACCCCCAGACUCUACCCCAUAAUUAAGAUCCCAGACCAGACCUAUAAUCAGACCCCAGGGCAGACUCCCUUAUUAGGACCAUAGAUCAAAUAUCCCAGAUCAGACCUAUAAUAAGAACCCAACACAAACCCCAUAAUCAGACCCUUAGACCAAAACCUAUAAUUACACCCCAGACCAGAUCCCACAGUUCAGACCCCAGAUCACGCCCAUCUAUUCACCUCUCCUCCCUCUCAGCUCCUCAUCACUCAGCAUCUCUGGCUUCUCUUCGAUUAGCGUACUGUCUCACACAGAAUCUUGAUGUUGACCGGCGAUAGGAUUAUGUGUGCAGCGGCUCUUGGAGCCAGAGAUCCUGAAGAGGAGCAAAGAGAGAUGAGUAAUCAGAAGGAUUGGCCAAGGACCUAUAAACAGAAUGUAUGAACAGGGCAAUAAAGAGUUCAUAACCAAGUACGCCUAUUUUUCCACGCCAGCUAUCAUGUUAUCACUGUAGCCAGGGGCAUAUCUACCAUGGAAGCAGGAGAAGAAGCUGCUCUGGCGCCUGAACUCAGGAAAGGGCCCAGGAGGAGGACAAAUGGUUUUGUUUCCAGGGCCCAGGGAGAGGUGAGAUUAGUGCUAGUCCUAGCACUGGUAUUACUCACCACUCCCUGGUCUUUUUUCCCCAGAUGCCUGUGCUGCACUUAGUCCUGGCAGUGCAAAGCUUCAGGAUGGGACAUAGUGUGUGUAGGAGCACACUAUAACCUGACGCUGUGCGACAUCAGGUCACAGUAUAGUGCUACCUAGACACAGUGUUGCACGAAGAGCAGAGGCGCUUUUUAUUAGUCCGUUCUGAGGUCUGCCUUAAAGUUUCGAGGGGGAAGGGUGGAGUUCAAGUAUUUGCUGUGGAGCCCAGUCAGUUCUAGUUACGCCACUGUCUGUAGCUAUAGGGGUACAGAAGUAGUAGCCGCAUCCAGGGGAUGGUGUGUGACAGAGGCCAAAUGUUACUCUGCAACAUAAAAAGACACCAGUAUUAUAAAUGGGGCAUGGUAGGUCAGGGCUUGUUUUACAUUUUGCAUUGGGGCCCGCACAUCAAUUAUCACUCUACUUUUCCUUAGAAACACAUCCGUUUUCAUGUACAAACGGUCAAGCCAUAAGUAAACUCUGCUUCGGAUAGAUUCAAAAAAUUGCAACUGAAUUUAUGGGAGAUAACAU